AUGUUCAAAGUUUUUAUAGUUUUUGUUUGUAUCGGUUAUGCCGUUGCAACUCCGCUACUAGAAGAUGCAAGGAUUGUCGGAGGGGAAGAUAUUGACAUAACAGCUGCACCCUACCAGGUAUCAAUACUUAAUAGGGGCCGGCAUUCGUGCGGCGGAUCUAUUAUUGACAAUGAUCUCGUCAUAACUGCUGCACAUUGUCUAAUUGGGGUAUCUUCAAGCAAUUUAGCCAUUCGAGUUGGUUCGUCAUCAAGUCUGAAAGGCGGAGAAAUCUACCCCGUUGGUGACUUAGCAUGGAAUCCUGGCUUUAAUUAUAAUAAAAUGGAUAGUGACGUCGCCUUGUUAUGGCUCUCUAAACCAUUGGAAUUCAAUGAGAGAGUAGCACCUAUAAAGUUGUUUUCUGAAGGAGAAGAAGUUGGUGAUGGCGAACUCACUGUUGUUACUGGUUGGGGCAAUAUAAGGGAAAGCGGUGGCAAUCCAAGGACGUUACAAAUGGUACUGGUUCCAAAAGUAAGCGAAAAGGCUUGCAGCAACGCCUAUGCACCGCUAUAUACCAUCACUCCUAGGAUGAUGUGUGCUGGCUUACCAAGUGGAGGAAAGGACGCUUGCCAGGGUGACAGCGGCGGACCUCUCGUUCACAAUGGAAAACUCGCUGGAAUAGUGUCUUGGGGCCUUGGUUGUGCACGGCCUAGAUAUCCUGGAGUAUACGCAAAAGUAUCAGCAUUACGAGCCUGGAUUGAUGACCAAGCACUAUACCUUAGAUUAAAACAUCUUAUUUUACGACAG